AUGUUUUUGCCAGAGUCGCUAAGAAAUCGGUGCAAUGAGCAGCGAGAAAAUGAAUACCAUUGUGUGGAAGUUUGCUGUGACAUGGAACCUAGUCUGAAAUACGCGAUGAUCGAACGUCACGGAGUUUCAAGGGAUCCUUUUGCUGAUUCUCGUGACUCAAUCCGUCCCAUCAGGAGACAUCGAGGCCCAAGCAAACGCCAAAAUUGCCUUCGACUUACUGGCAAGCUGCUCAAGGCAACUUCUGGACCAACAAAGCUCGACACCCAAAGAAUCCAAAGAGACAAGGAGGUUUGGUGCAGAUUGAAGCGGAACACUGGGAUGUCGGGACGGGUGAAUAGCUGCAGAUCACGACUGAUUGAUAUGAAUAUUUACUUCUGCGUAAUUAAAACGUCGGAAGGAAAAAGACGUCGUUGUCAGUUCUGUUGGGCUAUGGUUCCGUGGAAGGAGUCGACUGUUAUCACUUCGAGCAAAACAGGAAGAGAAAAGUGGAUUGAGGCGUUGGGAGAAGGAUUCAGGAAUCAAUUGGAGAAAGUCGGAACUCGACGAGCCUACAUUUGUCGUUCUCACUUCCCAUCCGGAGAAGUUCAUGGAAGAAGAUCUGUAUAUUCGCUUCCUAGACUCGCUGCUGAUGGUGAUGUUGCUGAUACAUCUAAUUUAGAUUUCUCCGAAGGUGAUAACGGUUUCGAGAUAAUUGAAGAUUCAAGAGUUGCUGAUAACGAGGAAUCGUUUGUACUUUUGAACACUGAUGGGGAGGAAGAUGGAGAAGAUUCGGAGGAGAGUUAUAGUGAACAGGAAACGGACAGUAGUUUUGUGCCGGAAAGUGAGGAAUCUUGGUCUGAUGACAGUGAGAAAAUAGCUUCAAUGCUCCACACUGUCCGUGCACCUUAUUUACGUAAAUCUUGUUACUAUGACAUUGUGCAGCAUCACGUCCGACCUGUAGUCCAAAACGUUCAUGAUGAUACUCAGAAGAAAGUGAUGGACUUUGUGAUCAAAAACUGUGAGGAUAAUCAGAAGGGACUGGACUUGGCUGAGUCGUCGAAGAGUCUGGAGCCCAAAUCUUUGGAUUUGGCACUCUCGAAUCUAAUGAGUUCUCUCACAGCCCCAGAUGGUUCUGAACUGGUUCAUAUUGAUUCUAUCACCACCGACCGUGAUCCGGCAGUCGGAAAGUUGCUCAACACAAAGUACUCCGGAAUCCGGCAGUUUUACGAUGGUUGGCACUUUGUGAGAAAUGUCAAGAAAAUCAUCUGGAAACAAAUUAACGGAUUUGUGUUUAACAAGUUCCGGAAAUGUGAGCACGACCCAAUGAACCACACCAGAAACGACUACAUUGACGUGAACAAUCCAAAGCAUGAGAAGGCGUUGCGACUGUUGUGGAAUAUGAUUGUUAGUGACAAACGACUGAAAGAUCUAGAAAAAGUAUCACCUCACUUCAAUACCUCUGAAGUAGAAAGUUUCAAUUCGUUGUCCACUAUUUAUCACCCAAAAAGCUAUUACUUGUGA